AUGGAGGUAGAGCAAUGGCUUCACAUGGCCAACGGCGACGGAGAGAACAGCUACGCCACCAACUCCAGACUCCAAGAGAAGGCCAUGCUUGAGACCAGGCCAGUGCUCCAGGGCGCCGUGGUGGAGCUGUACAGGUCACUGCCGGCCAGGAGCACCAUGGUAGUCGCCGACCUCGGCUGCUCGUCAGGGCCGAACACGCUGCUGCUUGUGUCGUUGGUCAUCGGCACAAUCUCCGACCACAACCGGGAGGCAGAGCAGGAGCAGCGCCCUCCUGCUGCAGCCAUGGAGUUGCAGUUCUUCCUCAACGACCUGCCGGGGAACGACUUCAACCUCGUCUUCAGGCUGUUCCCAUGCCGGAGUGUCCACCUCUUCCACUCCUCCUACUCCCUCAUGUGGAGGUCCAAGGGCUCAUAUCAGUUCAGUUACCGUGGUCUUGGGAGUACAUGUGAGAAAAAGGUACCGGAUGAGCUCUCAGGAGGUGCUUACCUGAAUGAAGAGAGCAUAUACAUUGGCAAGAGUACUCCACCUGCUGUGAUAAAACUAUACAAAGAAGAGUACCAAAAGGACCUGUCAUUGUUCCUGACGCUGCGGUUCAAUGAACUUGUAUGUGGUGGGCAUAUGGUGCUAACAUUUCUAGGCAGAAAGAGCAAAGACAUGUUGUUACAUGGUGAAGCAAGCAGCAUGUGGGACUUGCUCGCCCAAGCUCUUCUCUCUCUAGUGCUGAAGGGCCUUGUGGAGAAGGAAAAGCUGGUCUCUUUCAACCUUCUUUUUUAUGCGCCAUCUGUGGACGAAGUGAAGACCGUGGUCGAGGAGAACAAUCUCUUCAAUGUGGAACACAUGAGUGUGUUUGAAUCAAGCUGGGAUCCACAAGAUGAUGACACACACGAUGAUGUCGUGUUGGGCUGCACCAGUAGUGGGUUGAAUGUUGCCAGGUGCAUAAGGGCGGUGGUGGAACCGCUGAUUAGGAAACACUUCGGCGAGGCCAUUCUUGAUGAUCUGUUUAUGGUUUAUGCCAGCAUGGUUUCAAAGCAUCUCAAGAAAGCGAAGGCCAAGUAUCCUAUAAUUAUCGUCUAUUUGAAGGCCAAGCACUAA